GUUCCGUCGUCCUCUUUGGCGGAAGUGGGUGCCGCGCGUGGAAGGGAGCGCGGUCUUCUGUCCUGAAUCGUUGCGAGGGAAGCAUCCUCCGGGCUUGCUCUCCGACGGCAGGCUCUUCAGGACCAACGCGGCGCGCCGCUAGGCUUCUCAGAAAUGUCAAAUGCGAAAGAGAAGAAAAGGGCUAAGAAAAUGAAGAAUCAGCCAUCUAGUGUGACCUGUCCCUUUGACAGUGGGCCUGGUCAUAAUGAAGUAUACUUUCAGAAUGGAAGUGGCAGAACUCCUCAGCACAAGAAACAAGAAAUGCACUUUGAAACCUCACAGCAGAACUUCUCGAAUCAAAAACUUUCUCAGGAAAUGCCUAAAUUUGUAACAGUGUCUCCUUUUGUUCAGGCUCGUGCGGCUGAAAUAAAAGCUAUGCUGAAGGCUGUUACACAGAAGUCUUCCAAUACCUUGGUGUUUCAGUCUCUCCCUAGACACAUGAGGAGGCGAGCAAUGAGCCACAAUAUCAAACGCCUACCCCGACGACUCCGUGAACUUGCCAGAAUGGAGGCAGAGAAGCCUGAACAUCAGAAAAAGGACCUUCCAAAAAGCAAGUGUCGUAAAGCCAGGCGGCGUCAUAUGGACUUGGUAGCAGAGUUCAAUCGCAGGCAAAAGAAGAAUAUCUGGUUGGAAACACAUAUCUGGCACGCCAAACGGUUUCACAUGGUGAAAAAAUGGGGAUACUGCUUAGGAGACAGGCCCACAACCAAAUGCUACCGGGCCUGCUAUCGGGCCAUGACCAGUCACUGCCUCCUUCAGGAUUUAUCAUAUUAUUGUUGCCUGGAGUUGAUUGGAAAGGAGGAGGAACUUCUAACAACACUUGCUCGAAUGUGUAAUGUAGAUGCAGGGCCAACAUUUGCAGCAGUUCCUUGUCUAGCUGGGAAGCGGCAGGGUUCUCUCACAUUGUACCGAUUAGAUCGGUAUCCUGAAGAUGCCCUUGGUCUGGUUACUUUCAUUUGGAAACCCAGGAGUGCAUCCGACAAAGCUUCUCAAAUUAGACAACUGUGGAUAUGGACACACCCAGCAUUUAAGCAGGACAUUCUGACUGAACUGAAAGCAGCUUUCCAGUGUACUGAGGCUACAGAAACCUGUAAACCUGAGCCUGUUGUAUCGUUAAAUCAAGAAGAAACCAAAAUGGAGGCUAUAGAAAACAUGGGUCAAAAAAGAAAAAAGAAAGACCAGGAAGGAGAAACUGCUGUCCCUGUGAAAAAAAUAAUUGGCGAUGGAACCAGAGAUCCCUGCCUGCCUUAUGGCUGGGAGUCCAAAACUACUGGGAUCGUCAUACGUGACUUGACAAUGGAGAUCCUCAAAUAUCGGUUGAUUGGCCCCCUCUCUCACUGUGUGCUUACAGAGGCACUCAAAGUUGCAUCUGUUCAUACAGAACUGGAUUCUACAGAUUCUGAAAUUAACAGUUGGUGGCUAAAAAACUGCAGAAAUCCUGACCAAGUUUCUCUUCAUCGCCGUCAAGAAGCCAUCUUUGAACUCCUGCAAGGAUUAACUUCAUCAGACAUUCCAUCAGGUACUGUAGUAGGGUUGACAGUUGGGGAUCCUCGAGUGAACUUACCGAAAAAGAGAUCAAAAGCCGUGCCACAUCCUGAAAAAUAUCAAGAGGAUGAGAAAGUUAAGCAACUCAUCUUAGAAGGUGUGCCUGCAGAAUGCGCUCAGAGUUUUCUCUGGGACCGCAGCAUCUGUAACAAUGUCACCAAAAAUAAAAUGCCAGAACAGGAGCUGAAUCGUCUGAGAAGUGAACUCUUGGUGCCGGGAUCACACCUCAACUUGGGUCCACGGGAAUCCAAGAUUCCUAUACUCUUAGUUCAGCAUCCUGGAAAAACAGCCGGAGAAGAUCACUCGGGAUGGGGAAGUGGCUGGGAUAUUUAUCUGCCCAAAGGCUGGGGCAUGGCUUUCUGGCUUCCUUUUAUCUAUCGAGGUGCCCGAGUAGGUGGCUUACAUGAGACUCUGAAACAUUCCCUGUACAAGAGAAUGCCACAUGCUCCUCAUGAUUAUCCAGACUGCCCUGCUGGUAUCGAAUCUGCCAAACAACUGGAGAACAAUCUUCUUGAAACAUUCAAGAGGCGUCCUCCUGCAAAAAGAACAAAUUAUAUUAAACAUGGGACCUUAGCCCCAUUUCUUUGUCCCUGGGAUAAGUUGACCCAAGCUUGGGAGGAGAGAAACAAGGCUCACAGAAGGGACAUGCACACAUCAGCCCCAGAGGUUGAAGCAUGUGUAAAUGAAGAAGAAGUUUCUUGUAAUCCCCUCUCUGGAGCACACGUGGUUGAAUCCCCAGUGACGGGCAAAUUGGAUGAGAAUAUGCACUGCCAAAACAUACCGAUGGAUGAAGACGAACAAAUGGCAGAUAUAUGCAAGAGAAAUGAAGUUGUAUCCAGUCGUGCCUUCUGUGUUCUCAGGAGCAGGAGGUUCUUGAGGCGAGUGUCAGUAUGGUGUCAGCCUACAUCUGGCAAAAAGCGGAGGAUGCAGCGCCUUGCUUCCAAGCAAAAUCAAGAGGACCUGACUGAGGAGGCUCUCUUGCCUAUCUUCCAGCGCUACCCCAGGGCACUUGUGUGGGUCAGUUUAUCCCUCAUCAGAAGAGGUAGCCCUGAGCUGCACACAAUGAUUUGCAUUCCCACCCAAGAAGAUAUCUUACAGCUUGGAAAAGACCAACAGUUCUGCGGUCCUCAGGAACCGAAACACAGCGACCGAUUUAAAAGCAAGCUAUCAAAACGAAAGGGAAAGAAAACGGGAAAGAAUACUGGAGAGGCAAAAGAAUGUAGUGGCUCUGACACUGGGAAAGUAUCACAAAGUGAACAUAAAAAUCUGGUUCUGGGCUUGUGGCCUGACCCUCUGCCGGAUGUUGUAUCUCACUGUUCCAGACUUCUUUUGGGUGUUGUUACUCAAGGGGACUUCUCUUUGGCCUCUGGCUGUGGUGAAGCUCUGGGGUUUGUUAGUUUGACAGGAUUGUUGCAUAUGUUGACUGGCCAGCCAGAGGACAAAAAAGGGCUUGUCUUGUUGAGAAAUCCAGCAUCACUACAAUACAGAUUUGCCAGGCUUACUGUUGAAGUCUGACUUUGGCUUGAAAUUUGUUGGCAUGUAAGAGUACAAAAGACACUUUCCCCUGAAGAUAUACAUGGUUCUAAAUGUAGAUUCAAAGACUCCGUAAAGGUGUGUCACCUUUGUUCCCUUGCAUCAGGAAUGUGGCUUUGCAGUUCUGUAUAGCUUGAUCUCAAAGUAACCUCUUCAUUGCUUAAAGCCACAGAGGUUUUCUGAAUGUGUGUACACUUUAAAACAUUUUAAAAUGAGGAACUCAUUUAAUUCGGGUAAGUGAUUAACCUCCCCCAGCAUUCUAUUCAGCUCAAAACUGCUAGCAUGUACAUUUCAAGUAAUUAAUUAUUCUCUUAAACUACUGACCAGCCUGCCUGUGGUCAUACAUUCAGCAAGUACAGUUUUUAUGUGCCCACAUAUUCCCCAAGUAAGAUUCCUUGUCUUCUGGUCCUUGGGACAAACAUGGUUUUAUCUCAUGGCCCUAAUCAAAUAAUGUCAUAAACUGUGUACCCUGAAUCUGUCCAAAAUGUUUCAUUGUAACAGUAAACCUGUUAAAGCUAUGAAGUAUUAAUUGCAUGGAAGGUUGGUUGCCUAGUGUUAGCCUUGGCUCUUAGCAAUGAGUUAUAAUGUAUUCUAUUUUGAAGAAUUCUUCAGCAUUUUAAAAUGAAGAUAGUUUUCUCCCUUCUUCUGUAAACCAUGCUAGCUUCCAUGAAAGAGAAGUAAAAUCAUGUUGCUUUGUCAUGGACUGUAACACUUUAAAAGAGUAACUCCUUUAUCCAGUCAGUAAAUAUGUCAAAGAUACUUAAAAUGCAAUAAACACCCUCAGAAUGUAAGAAUAA